AUGUCUUCUAAACCUGCUGGCAAAACUGCUAAAAUACACGAACAUGCUUUACAGAAAAAACAAAAUAUUCCGGUACAAAUCACAGACUUAUCCAUCUUCGACAAUUCUUAUUCUUUUAUGAAAGAGAAAUUCGCUCAAGAGAUGCAUCGGAUUGACCAGCAAAUGAAAAAGUUCAGCUUAGACCUGGAUCAGUACUACGGCCAGUCUUCCAACGUCCAGACUGGGCUGAUGACGCGUCAGGAGAACCUGAGCCAUUGGGACCACCUCACCAACUCCCCUUUAGUUCAGGGAGAGGGAGAAGACAAGAGCUUGAAGCUGCAGUUCGAUGUUAGCCAGUUUGAUCCUACUGAGGUCAAAGUGAAAAUCUUAAACGACCUACUAAUCAUCUCAGCUAACCAUGAAGAGAAGACCAAUGAGAAGACCGUCUACCGCGAGUAUAAUAGGGAGUUCAAGCUGCCUCUAGGAACAGACCCUGAACGGGUGGUGUCUUCCCUCUCUCGAGAUGGAGUGCUGACUGUCCAGGCACCUCUGCCUCAACCGCUUGAAAGAACCAUCCUGUCACCACGCCAUGGAAACUAAUAGUCCAUCCUCAUCAUCAUACUCGGAACCUUUUUCCCAACUAUGUUGAGAUCGGCUUACAGUCUAACCGGA